GAUAAACUGGACUUUGAUACUAAGGGAGUGAGAGAAUGAAUCAGAAACAGCAAUACUUGCAAGUUGAAGAAUGAGAAAUGAGUUCCUUGAAAAUGGAUCUGUCCUCUCAUGGCUCACCAGCAAGCAUUAUAGAAACAAUUGCUUUACAACUAGCAUGCAGUCCAGUAGAUAAGAAAGUUGCUCUGCACUUAGAUGAAGAAGAUGAGCUAAAACACCUUCGUGAAUGUUUCCACAUUCCCAAAUUGACGGAUCUGCCUCCAACCAAUCCAGCUUUAGUGAAGGAGAAUGAAAACUGCAUCUACCUCGCUGGGCACUCUCUUGGUCUUCAGCCAAAGAAAAUUAAAACUUACUUGGAUGAAGAACUUGACAAAUGGGCUAAAAUAGGUGUCCAUGGUCAUUUCAAUGGUAAACGUCCUUGGGCUUUGGGAGAUGAAUGCAUUGUCGAGCUUAUGGCUGAGAUUGUGGGGGCUCGUAAAGAAGAGGUAGCGUUAAUGAAUGGUUUGACAGUUAAUCUACAUCUCCUAAUGUUAACAUUUUUUAAGCCUACUUCAUAUCGCCAUAAAAUCCUUUUGGAAGCCAAAGCAUUUCCUUCUGAUUAUUAUGCUGUUGAGUCUCAGCUCCAGUUUCAUGGCCUUGAUAUGGAGAAGAGCAUGCUUAUACUUCAACCACAAAAGGGAGAGGAAACCUUGAGAACCGAAGAUAUCCUUGAUAUAAUUGAGAAGGAAGGAGAUUCAAUUGCUGUAAUUCUUUUCAGUGGGGUGCAGUACUACACAGGACAGCUGUUUGACAUACCAAGGAUAACAAAGGCCGGUCAAAACAAGGGUUGCUUUGUUGGAUUUGACCUGGCCCAUGCUGUUGGCAACGUAGAAUUACAUUUGCAUGAGUGGGGAGUUGACUUCGCUUGCUGGUGUUCUUACAAGUACCUGAAUUCUGGAGCUGGGGGUCUAGCUGGUGCUUAUAUUCAUGAGAAACAUUCCAAGUCUAUGAAACCAGCUCUAACAGGAUGGUGGGGUCAUGACUACAAAACCAGGUUUCUCAUGGAAAACAAAUUGCAACUCACUCCCGGAAUCAAUGGAUUUCGUUUAUCAAAUCCUUCCAUUUUAUUGGUCUGUGCUCUUCAUGCUAGCUUAGAGAUCUUUGCUCAAGCUACAAUGAAGUGCCUGAGAAGAAAAUCUAUUCUUCUUACUGGUUACUUGGAAUAUUUGAUAAGGCACUAUUAUGACAAAGAUAAAAAUGACGCUGAGAAGCCCCUUGUAAAAAUAAUCACACCAUCCCACACUGAAAAAAGAGGAAACCAGCUCACAUUACUUUUCUCUAUUCCAAUCAGUAGAGUUUUUAAAGAACUGGAAAAAAGAGGAGUUGCUUGUGACAUGCGGGAACCUGAUGCUCUCCGUGUUGCCCCAGUUCCUCUCUACAAUACUUUCUGUGAUGUGCAUACCUUUAUUGAAAUCCUACGAUCUGCAAUUUCAGCUGCAAAGCAAACAGCAGACUCAAUGCCACCUUCCUGAUCUUACUGAUGAUACAGCUGUAUCUUUAUCCUCUGUUUCUGACCAAAUGCAUUGGGGCUUUUGAGCAUGUUUGGGGGUGCGGGUGGAAUUUCUUCUAAACUGGACCAUAUUCUACCAUUUUAUUUCCAAAGAUUCAUUCACUUUGAUAUUGGAUUGUAAUGUAUCUUUUAUUAAAACUCGUGCUUUCACCCACUGGGAGUUUUGUGAUACAUCAUUAGGCAGAAUAGGACUUCUGAUCAUUCCUGUUUAGGUGAUGCCUUUCUGUGUAAACCUCAGUCCACAUCAAGUGGCAAGCAGCCACUUUUCUAUCUGAGUUGCCUCUCUACAGUGGGACCCUUUGCCUGCACGUAAAGGGUGGAACCUUCAUGACGCUUUGUGCUGUCCCCAUGAAUGGCUAGCAAUUCAUAAACUUCAUAUGGUAACUUGAAGAGGAGAGGGGCUGUAACCCUUUUUCAGGUACUGAGAUCUAUUCUUAAAGGUAUUGUCCAAAUAGUGCUACUGAACCUUUUAAUUAUGAUGUACUUUACAUUUGAUUUGUGAUGUAAAUUAAAGAAAAUAUUGUCAGAGUAAAUUAAUAUCUUAAACAUG